GACUGUUGUUCUGAGAGGAGACCUCCAGACUAGAGAGAACUCCCACCUGCCCUUGGUGGCCGAGUGCUGCACCGCCACAGCUGCUCUGAAGUUCCCCCAUGAAUCCCCAGAAGAAGGUGGACCUGAAACUUAUCAUCGUCGGAGCCCUUGGUGUGGGAAAGACCUCCCUCCUUCACCAAUAUGUGCACAAGACAUUUUAUGAGGAUUACCAGACCACACUGGGGGCCAGCAUCCUCUCCAAGAUUAUUAUAUUGGAUGACACAACUCUGAAGCUACAGAUCUGGGACACAGGCGGUCAAGAGCGGUUCCGCUCUGUUGUGUCCACAUUCUACAAAGGCUCCGACGGCUGUAUCCUGGCUUUCGAUGUAACAGACCUGGAGUCCUUUGAAGCCCUGGAUAUCUGGCGGGGUGAUGUUCUGGCCAAGAUUGUCCCCGUGGAGCAGUCCUAUCCCAUGGUGCUGCUGGGAAACAAAAUCGAUCUGGCAGAGCGGAAGGUACCCCAGGAGGUAGCCCAAGGCUGGUGUAAAGAGAAGGAUAUUCCCUACUUUGAAGUCAGUGCCAAGAAUGACAUCAAUGUGGUGCAAGCCUUCGAGAUGCUGGCCAGUCGGGCUCUGUCGAGGUAUCGAAGCAUCUUAGAGAAUCACCUCACAGACUCCAUCAAGCUCUCGCCAGACCAGUCACAGAGCAGAUGCUGCUGAUUUCCAGACGCGCACUCUGGAGACCAGAGACAGGGCCUGCCCCAGCCUGGUCAUCCCGGCCUGAGGGUAGAUGACGAUCCCACACCAGCCGCACCGCCUGCCCAGGCUCAGCCCAGGUGCCUAGGCUCUACGGCCAGAGCCCUUGCCCCCGUCACCAGGCCCAGAAUCAGAGGGAAGCCCUUCUGGGGAGAGGCCCUCAGGGGUCUGAAGGAAGCCUGGAAGUCACAGACAAAUCCUGGCCCUGGGGAAAGUCACCAUUCCCUUAAUGGCUCCUGCUUUCCUGCCACCUGUUCUACCCAACACGCUCCUGUUCCAGAGCACACAUCUCUGCAGACGACAAGCCACUGUGUCUAGAGUCUUGUUAUAUUUUCCUGUGAACUGACCUUCCUCACCCCUCCCAUCUCACACCCCCAAAGCCACAAGCACAGCUUUGGACGAUGGUGCACCUCGGCCUUCCUUGUAACCGGGUCAAGGAGUG